CAUUAGUCACGAUUCGAAUUUGGCAUCUCUCAGUUUCGGAGCAAUUUACUACGGUUCGAGAGUUGAGGCGAUUGAUAUUGAAUCUUCGCUCUAUUGCGGAAACCGUAUUACCACCAUGGAAGGAGCAGCCUCGAACCUAAACGAACCACCUGCUAGAACCCUAGACCCGGCCUUGCAGAAGAAACAUUUGCUAAUGCUCGAACGCCUCUCGGUUCGCCAUCAAACUCGUAAAUCCAAUUCAUCCAACUCCUCUUCCCUCGACUCCACCUCUUCUUUCCUGGAUCAGUUCGCCGAAAGCAAAAGAUCUAUCGAGUCCCAACUCGCGGAGUCCCGCAUCAACUCUACCGGCGACUCGACUCAGCCCAAAUCUCAUCUCGCCUCUAUCUCCUCCUCGAUCUCCGACCUCGAGAAGCUCCUAGCCGAGAACUCCUACUUUCUCCCCUCCUACGAGGUGCGUUCUUCUCUCAAAUCCAUCUCUGACCUCAGACAAAAUCUCGAGAAUGUGACCAACGAGUUACUCCCAAAGAAGAAAUUCUCUUUCAAGAGCAAAUCAUUCCCCAAAAAAUCCGAUCCAAAAGAACCUGAAAUAAAAAAAGCCAAUGAGAUUUUACCAUCGAAUUUCACGGUUCGCGAUUCGCCAGGAUUUAGGAACAAAAAGAACGAAAUUCUGAUCCAGAAUUUCAAGCGCCUGGAGAUCGGAGAGUUCACUUUAUCAGAUCUAGAUUCGUGUGAAGUGAGACUGGUUGGUACUGUUAACGCCUUGUUUGUUCACCGAUUGAAGAACUGUAAGGUAUACGCUGGUCCGGUGACUGGCUCGAUUUUGAUAGAGGACGUAGAAGCUUGUAGCUUUGCAUUGGCGUCGCAUCAGAUUAGGAUACAUUAUGCCAAGAGAAGCGACUUUUACUUAAGGGUGAGGAGCAGGCCCAUAAUUGAGGACAGUAAUGGCGUGAGAUUUGCACCUUACUGUUUGGAGUAUGAAGGGAUCGAGGAGGACCUGAAGGCGGCUGGUUUGGAUGAGGAGACGGGAAAUUGGGCCAAAGUAGAUGAUUUCCGGUGGUUGAGAGCCGUGCAAUCGCCAAAUUGGUGCAUUAUACCUGAGGAGGAGAGGGCUGGGAAUGUUGUCGUUGUGAAUACGGAUUUUGAUAACUUAGAUUCUUAGUUUGUUAGCCGAUGCAUAUCAGUUCUGCAGAGCAGUUUAGGCGAUUCUGGAAUCAGAAGGUUAGUAGAAUGUUUCUUUGGAUGAAAGAGGCUCCUCAAGCAUGCCACAAGAGAGGUUUUUGGACGUUCUUUUGGCUGUGAAUUUCUGAAAGGGCCAAUGUGAGGACUGCAAUCUAUUUCCAAUAAUAUGUGAUCAUAUAUGGAUAUCAUAUUGAUGACCUCUUGAGGAAGCCUGACAUUUAUUUCCCUCAAUAUUCAUGUGAUUUUUAUUAGGGAACCCGUUAUUUACUUCAAAACAAGUUGAAGAGGAGGGUGCAAUUAACUGUAUACUGUUCUUUGUCAGCUGAAAAAAUGCAUGGCGGUGACAUGGAUUUCAUUCUGCUGGUCAGAUUAUUGGUCCAGGCACCUUGUGAUUGAAGCACCCAGUCUCACCAUCUUAGCUCUAAUUUGGAAAGUCUCCCCACAAUUUGUUUGGUGCUGGGACUUCAUGAGCAGUAAUGAAGAAUUCUGUUUUUCUUUCUGUGAGUUGCUCUGAUUGCAGAGCAAAUCCUUUUUGUAAUAUCAGCUUUUCCUUGAGAAAAAAGAGUAACUAGAGUGUCCAUUACAACAUGGUGAUUUCAGGUUCUGAAGCAUUCAUCUAAACUUUCCUCCAGUCUUUCAUGAUGGAAUAUUUACAAACUUGUUUUGUUCUACAGUAUUCCCAGCAGCUGUUGAUUGGUAUGUUUAGUUCCAGUAACAGGUUAAAUGAAUAUGUGUUAUCUCGGAACCUUAAUUUAAUGUGAUUGGCUCUUUGAUGAUAUCUAUCAAUUGAAAAUUUACAGGCUUUAUUGUGGAACGCUUAUGUUCAGUCACAGAGCAACUGGGUUCACCUAGCUUUAUUUGGCACCCUUUACUCUGUACUUGUUUCUAUACUUAGGCUAAAAGGAUAUAUUCUAGCAAGCGGAUUUUGUCCUCGGAAUCGAAGCCAGUGCCACUUUUUAGAUCUUACUACUUCAGCUUGUAGAGAUUUUUGUUGCUUCUUGCACCUCAUAUAGCUGACUUUCUAUAGCAACAACUUAACUGUGAAAACGUUCUGUAAUGUCAUAGUCAUAUAAAAACUUACUUGUUUACCAUGGAAAAUUGUAAAUUAAUAUGUUAGUUUAGUGCCUGGAAUUUUUGAUUUCAACAAACAGCCCUAGGCUUCUAUGCGAGGACUAAAAUAUCAUUCAACCAUUGUGCUUUCCUGGGUGGAGAAGUUGGUAUAUAGACGGAUUUGAAGUAUCAGCAGCGAUGGUGAUUAAAUAAACAUUGCUCAAAUUCUGUGAAUUGGAAGAUAUCAUCUAUACCAAGAUCUCUGAAGGCAAUUAUGUUACUUUGUGAAGAACCUCUUGAUACCAUGGGUAAACAAUCCUCAAAAUUCUGGGAAUUGACAGAUAUCAUCUAGGAAGAUCUCUGGAAGGCGAUUUGUUACUUAUGAAUGCCUUCUCUUGAUGCUGUUUGGUCUCUUUUAUGUUCUUGUGAAUAGGAGGUUGUCUGUGUCCACCAAGCAGACUGCCUAUCACGCUCUAGCCCUUUUUUGUGGGAGAAUUCUUCUCAAGUAUCAUAAGGAAACUCGCCAAGUAUCUCUUCUUGUUGACUUUGGAAACAAAUAAGAGAUCAAUGUUGGGGAUAUAUCGCCGAAGUGGGUCCUUGUGACUUCUAGUACCUUUGACCAAAAAUGGGCUGCGGAUGUCCAAGCUGAGAGCUCAAGGCAAUGUACAUUUGAGUCCUCUUGGCGGCUUCAACUUGUUCAUUACUGAGGCAGAUAUCUUCUUGAAGCUCUUUAUACCGACUCCCACCAUGUGGAAACCACAGUAUUUUCUUCUUUGGGCCUAACACGCUUUGAAGAUUUGUCCUAAACUUAGCCAGUUGUUUUCUUCCCUCACUCGAUCAGAAAUUUUGCUUUUGAUGACUAAAUAAAGAACUGCAACCGCCUGCUGGUUUUCUUUC